AUGACUGCCAUUGAGAGCUUCGACAGCAUCUACCUCGACCUCUCCAAGGAGAGCGGCCGAUGCCGAUUCGCAGAGACUGGUUUCGGCUGGAAGCCAAACGGAGGUGGCGACACCUUUACACUCGACCACAACAACAUCAGCAGCGCGCAAUGGAGCAAGGUCGCCAAGGGCUAUGAAGUUCGCAUCCUCCAGCGUAACUCGGGCAUCAUCCAGCUCGACGGCUUCCAGCAGGACGACUACGACCGCCUGAGCAAGGUCUUCAAGAACUGGUACAGCACCACCCUCGAGACCAAGGAGCACGCCCUGCGCGGCUGGAAUUGGGGCAAGGCCGAGUUCUCCAAGGCCGAGAUCGUCUUCAAUGUCCAGAACCGCCCCGCCUUCGAGCUCCCGUACGCCGAGAUCGGCAACACCAACCUGGCCGGCCGCAAUGAAGUCGCCGUGGAGAUGUCGCUGCCUCAGGAUGGCAACGACACCGCGACGGCCAACGGAAAGGGCAAGAAGGCCGCCGCCGGCAGAGACCAGCUUGUCGAGAUGCGCUUCUACGUCCCCGGCACCACUACUAAGAAGGACGCCGACGGCGAGGAUGGCGAGGGUAGUGACCAGGAGCAAGAGGCCGAGAAGAAUGCCGCCACGCUCUUUUACGAAACGUUAAUGGACAAGGCAGAAAUUGGCGAGAUGGCUGGCGAUACCAUCGCCACCUUUCUCGAUGUUCUGCACCUUACUCCCAGAGGACGUUUCGAUAUCGACAUGUACGAGGCGUCCUUUCGACUCCGCGGUAAAACGUACGAUUACAAGAUCCAAUACGACGCCAUCAAAAAGUUCAUGGUUCUCCCCAAGCCCGAUGAGAUGCACUGCAUGCUCUGUAUCGGUCUAGACCCGCCUCUCCGCCAGGGUCAAACCAGGUAUCCCUUUGUGGUUAUGCAGUUCAAGAAGGACGAGGAAGUUACUAUCGACCUCAACCUUGACGAGGCCACGCUAGAGAGCAAAUACAAGGACAAGCUCGACGCACACUACGAGGAGCCUCUGCACCACGUCGUCGCCAAGAUUUUCCGCGGUCUUGCCAACAAGAAAAUUUCGUCGCCCGCCAAGGACUUUAUCACUCACCGCAGUCAGUAUGGCAUAAAAUGCUCCAUCAAGGCGAGCGAAGGAUUCCUGUACUGCCUGGAAAAGGCCUUCAUGUUCGUGCCCAAGCCAGCCACGUACAUUGCCUACGAGCAGACGCAGUCCAUUACCUUCUCGCGCGUGGGCGGUGCCGUCUCCACGCUGUCCACCUUUGACAUCACGGUCGCCAUGAAGGGCGGCGCGGGCUCGUCGCAGUUUAGCAACAUUAACCGUGAGGACCUAAAGGCGCUCGAGACCUUCUUCAAGCUCAAGGGCCUGCGCGUCAAGAACGAGAUUGACGAGGACGCCAACCUGCUCGCCGCCGCCCUGCGCGAGCAGGACAUGGACGACUCGGACGACGAGGUGGUCAAGGGUGCCGGCGCCGGCGGCGCGGACCGCGGCUCCGCCGACGAGGACGAGGAGAGCGUCGACGAGGACUUUCACGCCGACACGGAGAGCGACAUCAGCGACCCCGAGGCCAGCGAUGGGAGUGACGCCGGCUCGGGCAGCGAUGCUGGCGAGGAGAGUGAGGUGGAUGACGAUGACGACGAUGAGGAGGAGGAGGAGGAAGACGAGCGUCCCAAGAAGAAGAAGAAGACGAAUUAG